AUGCAAUUCUUUCUCGUCCAGGUCGCCGACAAGCCCGGUAUGCUCGAAAAGCGAAUGUCUCUGCGACCCGCCCAUCUGGAGGCUCUGCAGAACAAGUCUGCCGGCAACAACUUCAUCAUUUGCGGCGGAGGCGUUGCCGACAAGCAUCCUGGCGCCGGCGAAACCCCCCAGGUGACUGGGUCCACGCUGAUUGUGCAGACUGACGACCGUGACAGCAUUGUGGAGAAGCUCAAGGGAGACGUGUACGCCAAGGAGGGCGUUUGGGAUUUGACCAAUGUCAAGAUUCAGGCCAUGUUCAUGCCCCCCUUCUACUUUAACCGACUGCUGGACUAG